AUGGGCGCUGAACUUUUCUAUUUAUUCGGUCGGGAAAAUCCGGAUGUUAUUGUUCUUCGAUGGCUACGUGCCCGUAAAUGGCAUGUGCCACAUGCUGUUCAAUUUAUGAUGGACACCCUUAAAUGGCGUCAUGAAUGGGGUCUUCAAAGGUUAAUGGGAAAAGGUGAAAGCGAUUUGAUCAAAGAAGAAUGUGCUUCUGGUAAGAUCUACUCGAUGGGUAAGGAUAAAGCGGGUCGUCCUAUUACUUAUGUUCAUACUAAAGAACAUAUUAAAGGACAGUAUCCACUCGCAGCGACGGAAAAAUUGAUCAUUUUUUCCAUUGAAACCGCAAGACUUUUGAUCGAACCUCCUGUUGAACAAGGAACUAUAGUGAUCGACAUGCUCAAUGUUGGUUUACAGAAUUUGGACUAUCAACACAUUAAAUUUAUGAUCAAUGUCGUGCAAAAUUACUAUCCCGAGUGUUUGGGCAUCGCCUUGGUAGUAAAUGCCCCAUGGACGUUCAAUACUGUUUGGAAUGUAAUCAAGUCAUGGCUAGAUCCAGUGGUAGCAAGCAAGAUUCAUUUUGUAAAGAGUUCAACAGAGUUGGCUGAAUACAUCAAUCCAAUGGUUCUUCCGAAACGACUGGGAGGUAAUCAAAUGGAUUUUGAAUUUAACCCGCCAAAACAAGAGGAUGAAGUACAAGUGAACAUUUUUCGAAAAGAUAAGGAAGGUAUGGAGAAAGUGCAAUUGGAACACAGGGAAGCUGCACAACAUUACAUCAAUAUGACAUUAAAAUGGGCUACUAUACAGACACAAGAUGAAGAAUAUGAAAGAUUGAAUAGAGUCCAGGCAGCUAAACGGCUCAGUGCUACGUUUGAACAACUUGUACCUUAUGUUUCUACACGAACACAUUUUCAUCGAACCGGAGAAAUUCAAGAGCCUAUUUUCGAUAUGGCAUAUAAUCGAACCUGUGCUGAAAUCAGUGACACAUCGUCUUAG